AAGUCCGUCUUCUGCACGAACCUGUCCUGGUCCAUCGACGACGCGGCGCUGACGAGCCACUUCGCGUCCGCGGGCACGGUGACGUCCAUCAAGUGGAUCGAGGACCGCGACACGGGCCGCUUCAAGGGCAUGGGCGUCGCCGAGUUCGAGACCGCCGCGCAGGCCCUCAAGGCCGUCGAGGCGUGCAACGAGACGGAAGUCGCGGGCCGCACCAUG